AUGCGCUGCGCUGCGUCGUUUCAGAGACCCGCAGAGAGCUACCAUGAUCUGCAGCCUACGCUGACAUUGCGAACGGAGUGCAACCAACGCAGUUCCCCGGUGAAGCGUCUUGAAACGCGUCCAGUUAUCAUGCGGUUAGGCGUAGGGUCUUGCCGGUUGUGGCUGGGCGCAUUCGUGUACGCACUGCGUCCCGCUCUGCGAAGAGACGGAAACGUUUGGCAGCAGUGGCGCCGGGCACAUGCCCUCGUGCCUGCUGUGCCUCGACGACGCUGGCUGUGUGCGAACGCCCGCCGUUCGGCUGCUAGUACCUGGGACGAGGAAACGGACGUGGUUGGUGACGAGUUCAGCUCCGUGAACCUGGUACAGGCGAGCGCGGCAAAGAUAACCGAAGGCGACGAGUUCACCGCCCAGCGACUGCAGUUGCUGAACGCGCCUGAGCGCGAGAGCGCUGCCGCCACGCUCGAAAGGUCACCGCCGCCUGGUGUAACCGUCGUGCGCAACCGCGCAAGUGCGUUGCGCGUGAUUGAUCGGCUUUGGCAACUUCAGAAAGAGUCGGAGCUUCUUUACGGACGUCGGGCUGCUUCGGUGCCGAGGCGAUGGCGUCUCAUAACGGAGGGUUGUACCCACUCGAAUGGCAACGGUGUGCUCCACGAGGACAACACGCUCCAGUGCAAGCGUCUGUAUCCACCGACCGCAGCGGACUGGAUGGAGCACUCGCAGUGUUAUCACGCUUGGGAUACGGAAACCAUUGGCAUUGAUCCGACAGAGGACUCCCCUGUUGGGAAAGGUCAGGUGAUCUGUCUCUCGGCGUUCUGUGGGCCGCGUGUAGACUUUGGGAAUGGACCCCGCCUUUGGAUCGACAAUUUUGGCGACGCACAAGGUACGCUGGACUAUUUCAAGUCUUAUUUCGAAAAUGAGGAAAUUCCCAAAGUUUGGCAUAACUACAGCUUCGACCGAGCGGUCCUUUAUAACCACGGCAUCGACUGUCGAGGAUUCGGCGGCGAUACCAUGCACAUGAGCCGACUAUUGGACGCAGCGAGACUGCGUUACUCUCUGGAGGCGCUCACGGAAGACUUUCUGCUGCGGAAGAAACGCAGCAUGCGGGAGCUGUUCGGUCGGCCUCGUAUUUUGAAAAAUGGAAAACCAGGCAAGGAGAUUAUCGUACCGUCCACCAGCGAACUCCAGAUGGACCCUGAGACCAUGUACCACUGGGUGCAGUAUAGCACCUAUGAUGCCGAGGCAACCUGGUAUCUGCGCGAUAAAUUUGAGCGUCUGCUUCGUGAACAGGAGAUCCUCGGCUCGGAGCGAACCAUGUAUGACCUUUAUACGGAAUGUUUCGUUCCUUUUGGUGCGGUCUUAACCGAUAUGGAACGCAUCGGCUUCAAGAUUGAUAUUGCGCGACUCCAAGAUGCGCAACGUGUAGCCGAAGCCGACCGCCAACGUUACACUGCAAUGUUUCGAGAAUGGGCAGCGCGCUACUGUGCUGAUGCAAUCCACAUGAAUGCCGAGUCGGAGAAUCAAAAGCGCCAAUUCUUUUUCGCCCCGGUCCGGAACAAGAAAACCGAUGAAUUGUUGCCAGCAGAGCGCACUUUCGAGGUCGAGAACACGGAACAGGUCGUGGAGUCCGCGGGGAAGAAGCCCCGCAAGAAGCGAACCAUACAAAUAUCCGGUCUCGGGCUGCCGCCCGUGGCGUUCACUGCAAGCGGUUGGCCGGCUUGCACGGCGGUGGUGCUGCGGAAACUGGCGGGCACGCCGAGCGCGAGUCCCGCCCAGGGCGGGCUCCUGUAUGACUUUCUCACCAAAGAGCGACGGGAGAGCGCGGAGGAUGCGCUUGCGGCGUGCAAAGCCGUUGAGGCGCUACUUGAGGCUGGUGCAGUCGGCACCCUGCUCGACAGUUUCAUCGAUCCGCUGCAGAAGAUGGUGGAUAAGAACCAUCGCAUUCAUGCGUCGCUCAACUUGAACACGGAAACAGGUCGGUUGUCGUCGCGGCGGCCGAAUCUGCAAAAUCAACCCGCUCUAGAGAAAGAUCGCUAUCGUGUUCGGGAUGCUUUCACUUGCGAGGAGGGCAAUACGCUGAUUGUAGCGGACUAUGGCCAACUCGAGCUGCGAUUACUUGCGCAUAUCGCCAACUGCCGCAGCAUGAUUGAGGCGUUUAAGGCUGGUGGCGACUUUCAUUCGCGCACGGCGAGCAGCAUGUACCCGUACAUCGCAGAAUCCGUUGCCCGCGGCGACGUGCUUCUUGAACCCGAGCCCAAUGCCAACGGACAGGCCACUUCGUCGAAGCCGCUGCUCAAGGAUGUAUACGCAGGGGAGCGACGUCGGGCCAAAACACUCAAUUUUUCAAUCGCAUACGGGAAAACGCCAGCUGGGCUGGCGCGAGACUGGGGCACCAGCCUGAAAGAAGCUCGCGAGACCGUAGAUGCUUGGUACCGGGAUCGACCCGAGGUUCGUGCCUGGCAGGAGCGCGCUAUUAAGUUCGCGCAAACCCAUGGAUUCGUGAAAACGCUGCUGGGUCGACGGCGGCCUCUGCCGGAGAUCAACUCCCCGAAUACGAAUGCGGCUCGCCAUGCGGAACGUGCAGCGAUUAACACCCCUCUCCAAGGUAGCGCAGCCGAUGUUGUUAUGAAAGCCAUGCUGCUCAUUCAUAGCAACGCACGUUUGGCUGAACUUGGCUGGCGAAUGAUCCUCCAGGUCCACGAUGAGAUCAUCCUCGAGGGGCCCGAAGAAACAGUCGAAGAAGCGGAAGCAAUUGUCGUUCGGCUUAUGCGUCAACCGUUCCGUGAACCGCUGCGCGUUGACCUCGCUGUUUCGGUCGCUCACGCGAAGACGUGGUUUCGUGCAAAGUAA